AUGCAACGCUAUUACAAAGACAAACCGUCACGGCUCAAAAGAAAAAAAAGUAUUAAACACGCUUGGGCGUUAUCCGAGCAGAUCGCGAUGAGCAAAUCGCAUUUUGUACAGACUUUAAUAAAAUACUCCAAGCUGUACUGCAAGUACACGAAACUGGCAGGAUUCAGAUACUUCGUGGAGUCUAAAACAACGUGGUUCGACAGAACUCUGUGGUUCCUGAUGUACGCGGUCACGGUACCCGCCAUGGUUUACAUGGUUUACAACAGUUAUCUGGAAUUUAUGGAGAAUCCGUUGUUCACCAGCGUCGAAACCGAAUACUUCCCGACACACGAAUUGAAUUUCCCGGGGAUAGCAAUUUGCAGCGUGAACCGAAUAAGUCGUCAAUCGGCCACGAAAUUAGCGAACGAAAUCUCCGCGGCCAAUAUCACCGAUCUAUCGCUCGACGAGAUCUUGGAGGCGAUCUUCCAGCUGGGCGAUCUCUACGACUCCGAGUUCAUGAUGCAAAAUACCUAUCAAAUCGAUCAACUUCUCACGAUCUUCUACAACGGUUCUUACAGCAUCACCGAACUGAUGAAACGAUUAACGCCACAAUGUUCCUCCAUGCUGUCAAAGUGUCGGUUCCACGACGAGGAACGGAACUGUUCCGAGCUGUUCGAAUUCCGCAAGACGCAGGACGGUUUCUGUUGCACGUUCAAUUAUGCCACCAAAGGGGACGAUACGCAUUUCACGAAUAGUGAAAAUGGAACGGACCAUCGACUGGAGCCGAUCAAGGUUGAAAAUUUGACCGAGAGCGGUGGGCUGUCGGUGCUGUUGGAAUCAUCUCUUGACGAUUACUUCUACCCUAUUUUCCCCAGUGCCGAGUGGAAGGUGACGAUCUUCAAUCCCCACGAUUAUCCAGACAUGACUAGCGGAGGAGUAAUCGACUUUCUGGUCUCGCCAAGGAAACACCGGAGCGUGGAAUUAGAGGCAAUCGUGUUCUACAGUAUAAGGAGCAUUAUACCAUAUCCUCUUGAGAAACGAGACUGCGUGUUCCAGGAUGAAAUGACUUCCUUUCACAUGUUUUACACUUACAGCGACUGCAUCGUCGACUGCAAGAUAGAGGACAUAUGGAACAUUUGUAGAUGCGUACCCUUCUUCUUGCCCAAUCGAACUAAAUGGUUCUCGGUCAUACCGCACGAGAAUCUGUACAAUAUCGAAGACGUGAAGGAUAUUCUGAGUUGCGGUAAAUGCUAUCCCGAAUGCAACAGUGUAAAUUACAAUGCCAAGAUAUCUAUAGCCGAUUUGGAAUCGAAUCAACACGUCGCUGAAUUAUUAAAUAACGUGGACAUCAAGGAUCAAUCGGUGCUAACAAUAUACUUCAGAAAGUAUGGCACGAUCAGAUUGAGGCAAGACGUGAUUUAUCGUUGGUACGAACUCAUGGAUUCGAUUCUCGUGGGGCGAGAAAGUAAGUUCGAUCGACGUUUUACAGGUGACGCGAGCGGUAUUUGCGGCAUCUUCGUCGGUUUCAGCUUGAUUUCGAUCGUCGAGUUCGCUUAUUUCGUCGGCCUGUUCAUGCUCGAGCUUUUAAAGGGACCAACUUCGCCCGACGGGGACGGGAAACGGGCCGAGAGCAAACAGCCACCGAUACACACGAUUUAUUGGGGUGACUUGUAUUCGCGCACGAGAACUACGACAAAGAAUCAACGUGAUCGGGCUAUUCGUGGUAAAUAUUAGCACGUUACACGAUAUUCUCUCCCAAUUUCGUUUGAAUAAUGCCUCUUCGCGCCGUUCACUUCACGGUCAAAUUCUAUCCUAUCUAUCGAAUUUUCGUAAAAAAUGAUUUGUAGAUACAUCGUCUCUGUCAACGUUUUAGCAAUUCACGGAUGAAAAUCAAAUUUUUUGUGAAUUUUUCUUAUACAUUUUAUAUAUAUAUUGUGUCAUAUGUCACGCUUUGUACGUUUAUAGAUUUAUAGAUUUUAAGAUCGUAUAAUAUAUUAGAAAUUUUAAUAUCUUAAUAUUAGACUUGUAAAUUUUACUCUUCCUCGCAUGUCCUGUUAUAUUUAUUAUAGUAUAAUAGUUCUUCAUUGAUUUUCUAAAUUAUAGGAAUAUUUUUUUCAUGCCUUGAUCCUAAAUAAUUUAUUUAUAGAAUCCCUUUUUCGAUGUCCUUUUAUCGUUGGAACUUCUCUUGACGUGUCUUUCUUAUAAAACUAAGUUCCAUCACUGUUAGAAUUUAAAGAAUCCUUCUCGAAUGACAGGAUUGUUUCCUCGAAUGUGAAUAUUCUUCCGUGUUCAGCGAACUCUAAUAAGAAGAUAUCCCUAAAAGAAUAUUCUCUAGGAUAUAGGAUGGAAAAAAAUUUUUUCCCGUUACUCACGAAAUAUUAUUUUCUCGAUGAAAUAUUUUCCAACAAAAUUUCUCCGAUGAAAAUGAUAUCGAAUACGGUAAUUGGAUUGUAUUUACUCGUUUAAUAAACAAAGAAAAGAAAUUAUUAUUACCAAUUAAUAUCAUGCUUGGCCUCAGUUUAAUCAGAAAGAAGCCUCAAAAUCGAAAAAUAAUUUUACCCUUGUAUUAAUAUUAUCCCACAGAUAUUUGAUCUCGAAUCUAAUUAUAUUAAACUUUCAUAUUUUUCAACAGUGAGAAUUAAUAGGGAAUUCGUACAAAAGAAUAGAAAUGAAGAUACGUAUUCUUCUAGAAAAAUUAGCAAAUCUCCAGAUUUUUCCUUUCCACAAUUUAGCAAAAAAAGAAUUGAAAAAUCCACAUGAGAAUAAAUUGCAUAAACUACCUUUCUAACGAGUCUUCAGAUUCGUUUAAAGCGUUAAAGCUGAUCUCAUCAAGCGUGGCAUAUAAAGAAAGAAAUACCCAAUAAAUUAUAAAUUAUUUUUCGUCGUAUCAAUGACAAAUACUUCAUUAUUGUUUACACGAAGAAUUAUUGUUAAAUUUAAUCAAUGAAAUAAACUUAACAAUUAAUGAAUAUUGGAGAGAAGGAUGGGAAAUAAAUUUAAACAAAAUUAAUUGCUAUCGAUCGGAAUAAAUGUAUGGUGACGCUUGAUAAGGAGAAAAAGCAAAUCGAUAGAAUGUACGACGCGUAAGGAUAAAAUAUUGGUAUGAAUAUCACAUUUAUUCGAUGACUCCUAAUGUUUAAAUCAUAUUUAUCGGAUUAAUCGAAAAAUUGUUAAAUCAAACGGAACAAAAAAAGUGACGUUUUUAUGAACGCAACAUAUUAUCAUCGCAAUACUUGCCUAGGUAUUAUAUCAUUGAUAUAAU